UCUCACUUGUUCGUACCCCCCAAAAGAGAAGACUGAGAACUCCAAAAUUUGUUUGUCACGAACUCACGCAUGGCGGCGUAUAGAAGAAUCCCGCAACUCUUCAGGCAUCUCUCUCGAUCGGACUGUAACUCAUCUUCUUUUCGUCCCUCGCUCUUCAUCUGUAACAGAGGAAUCAGUUCGAAACUUUUCGUUGGAGGAUUAUCAUAUUACACGACAGAAAACGGGUUAUCAGAAGCGUUUUCACAGUAUGGUCAAGUGAUUGAAGCUACAAUAGUAAUGGACCGAGUCUCUGACCGAUCCAAAGGUUUCGGAUUUGUAACCUUUGCCUCUGAAGAUGAAGCCGCAAAUGCCCGAGCUGAAAUGGAUGGCAAGACGCUCAAUGGUCGUGUUAUUUUCGUGGACAUUGCAAAAUCCAAGAACUCUAAGGAAGGAUUGCCUAUAGCAAGAGGACCACCGGAACGAUCAAUUGACACUUGAAUGACAUACUUGUGCCCGUGUUGGUUUACCAUUUUCCCUCCCCGAACUUGCACGAACUCAUAUAAUUGACGUUGUUCAGAUGUGUAACAUAUUGCAAAUGAGUUUUGCAACUUCAGGUCGUACACAGAUGUAAUUCACUUUUUCUCUACUUAAUGAAGUUUUUCUUUUUCUUA